UCCAGCAGCGUCCGAGCCGCCGCACACUCGCACAGCACCAACCAACUAAACUGCCACCAUCAAUACCGCGAGCUCGGCUAGGUGCAAACAAUGGCGUCGCCGGCGAGGGCAAUGGUGGCACUGCUGCUGCUCCUGUCGACGGCGGCCGUGUCCAGGGCCCAGCAGCACGACUACGGCGACGCCCUCCGCAAGAGCAUCCUCUUCUUCGAGGGCCAGCGGUCCGGGCGCCUGCCCCCCGGCCAGCGCGUGCGCUGGCGGCGCGACUCGGCCCUCAACGACGGCGCCGCCGCCGGGGUGGACCUGAGCGGCGGGUACUACGACGCGGGCGACAACGUCAAGUUCGGCUUCCCGAUGGCGUUCACGGCGACGCUCAUGUCGUGGGGGCUCAUCGACUUCGGCAGGACCUACGGCCCGCAGGAGAGGGAGGCCCGCGAGGCGCUGCGGUGGGCGACGGACUACCUUCUCAAGGCGACGGCGACGCCGAACACCGUCUACGUGCAGGUGGGCGACGCGUUCCGGGACCACUCGUGCUGGGAGCGGCCGGAGGACAUGGACACCCCUCGGACGGUCUACAAGGUGGACACCGCGCACCCGGGGUCCGACGUCGCUGCCGAGACCGCCGCCGCGCUCGCCGCCGCCUCCAUCGUGUUCCGGGAGGCCGACCCCGCUUACUCCACGCGCCUCCUCGACCGCGCAGUCGCCGUGUUCGAGUUCGCCGAUAAGUACCGGGGAGCUUACAGCAGCAGCCUCCACGACGCGGUGUGCCCCUGCUACUGCGACUACGACGGGUACCAGGACGAGCUGCUGUGGGGCGCGGCGUGGCUGCACAAGGCGUCGCGGCGGCGCGUCUACCGCGACUACAUCAAGAAGAACGAGGUGGCGCUGGGCGCCAGCGACUCCAUCAACGAGUUCGGGUGGGACAACAAGCACGCAGGGAUCAACAUACUCAUAUCCAAGGAGGUGCUGAUGGGCAAGGACUCCUUCUUCACCUCCUUCCGAGUCAACGCCGACAACUUCAUCUGCACCCUCCUCCCGGGCAUCUCCAACCAAGACCACAUCGACUACUCACCAGGCGGCCUCCUGUUCAAGGUUGGCAACAGCAACAUGCAGCACGUGACGUCCAUCUCCUUCCUCCUCCUCGCCUACUCCAGCUACCUCAGCCACGCCAACGCCCACGUCCCCUGCGGCGGCGCCGCCGCCGCCGCCUCACCCGUCGUGCUCCGCCGCGUCGCCAAGCGCCAGGUUGACUACAUCCUCGGCGACAACCCGCUGCGCAUGUCCUACAUGGUGGGCUACGGCGCGCGCUUCCCGCAGCGCAUCCACCACCGCGGCAGCUCCAUCCCGUCGGUGGCCGCGCACCCGGCGAAGAUCGGUUGCAAGGCCGGCGCCGCCUACUACGCCAGCACCGCGCCCAACCCCAACCUGCUCGUCGGCGCCGUCGUCGGCGGGCCAAGCAACGUCACCGACGCCUUCCCUGACGCCAGGGCCGUCUUCCAGCAGUCCGAGCCGACCACCUACAUGAACGCGCCGCUGCUCCCGCUCCUCGCCUACUUCUCAGCCCACCCCAGCCUGCCACAGGCCGGCGCCGACGACUGAUGGGCUUCGUCAAGGCCUGGCUGGGAGGCCCGUGUUUUCUGUGGGCUUCGACGGGCCUGCUCGAACUAUUGCUAUUGCUAUUCGUCUACUGUCUGUGUGCGUGCGUGACGGAUGCCGAUCCUUUCCUGUAAAAAAUCGCGGGAAAUGGAAUCGGUCGUGUACCGUACCCAGACAAGUCUCUACUGCUAUCAUCGUAUGAAUAUGAUGCGAUGCAUUACGUGA